AUGUGCACAGUCCACGUCCUCAAGUGCCCACACUGUCUCUCGUGUGAGCCAAUCCGCCAGGUAUGCGAGCUAACACUUCCUCAUGGUAUUUGCCAACGUAAUCAAACGAAUCUUGUCACUACACAUCGCCUGGACAACGGUUGCAACAACUGUCGCGAGCGGCCAGGUUCUUAUUGCAGUGGUGGCUACGUUGUCGAGAUGCCUAGCCUUCCACGGAGGUGGUCACGAAAAUAUGGUCACGACUGA